GCCGCGCUGGGGUCCCUCGGGGGAGGACGGGGUGCUGGAGCCGGUGGUGGAGAAGGAGACAGCGUCCCCGGAGAGUGUGCCAGCUCAGGGGGCGUCCACGGAUGACAUAAAAUUGUAAACUCAGCUGCGUUACAUUGUCAAAGUCAUUCUCCGAAGACACUCAUCGUCCAGCAUGCUGGCUCUAUGGAUACUGUUUUUCGUCGCCGCGUUUCACGUGGGGACCGUCUCGACCAUCGUCAACUGCAAGAUGGCGCGUCAGAUGUGCGUCAACCACCCCAACUGUCACUCCAUCACCACGCUGAUCCCGCGCCUCUGUGGCCAGGAGCUCGUGGCCUGCUCGACGGUCACAGUGACCAAGUGUACGGCGGCGCUGCGGACUCUGGUGGCCUUCCAGUUCUUCCAGCCCACCUGUCUGUGCAAGGAGCCGCGCAUCGACCCCGAGUGUAACAAGUACCGCAACCUGGUGUUCGACCAUCCGUGCUACACCGUCAAACAAAAAGACAAGGACCCGUACCCGGUGCACGCGUUGCCCACGUGCGGGUAUGCGUUGGACGCGUGCCGCCGGCAGGCGCACUGUUCGCGGCUCUACGACAACUUCAUCAACUCGUGCGACUUCAGGGACAACCGGUGUCUGAUGACAAACAGCCGCGCCUGCUACAACGCCUGGAACCAGCUGCGUCUGAGCCCGGUGUUUGGCUGUAUCUGCCCGGACAGCACAGCAGCGUGUCAGCAGAUUUUCGACCUGGUCCACCGGAACCCCUGUGUCGAUGAUCUGCCCGAGCACGGCCGAGACGUGACCUGGCACAGUUCACACUACCAAUUGCACCGCCUGCUGUUCCCGCCGCCGGGCGACACCUCUGCACCAGCACCUCGGCCCGCACCCCGCACGCCUGCACGCCCCCUGCACCGGCCCACCCCGGGCGGCCCGUGGGCCGUGCCCGCACCGUCACCGGGACGUGUUUCAGUGGACGUGCUGGCCGGAGGAGACUGGGACGCCAGCAGGAGACCGGUCGACCCGCUGCUGGUCACGCCGCUGGUUGACCUGACCUCGGAGCCCACCUACAACUCGAGUCUGACCGAGACACUGUACGGCUCGACGGACCCGUUCGGCGCCAGGGGUCACGGCGGCGGCCGCUCCCACCAGCCAACACGCUACCACGUGUCGAUUGCCGCUCCGCUGCCUGACGACAGCGUGCUGCGCUCCACGUGCCACGAGGCCCGUGACACGUGUCUGCGGGAUGCACACUGUCGCUCCAAGCUGGAGCCCGUGCUGUCCGCCUGCAGCGAGCGCAAUUGCGACCGUCAGAUCUGCAUGCAGCGGCUGCAGAACUUCUACCGGGCGGCCGAUACCCGACUGAGCACAGAGGUGGCCUUCUGCGUCUGCCGGCGCGGUCCGGGCAGCGGGGAGUGCGAGCGGGCGCUGGAGGAGCUGCACCCCAAGUGUGCGCAGCGCUCCGAGGGCGGCACGCGACUGGCGUGUCACAGCGUGGCCGAACAGUGCCGGGACGACCCUGCGGGCCAGUGCCGGCCCAAACUGGAGCGCUACGAGCAGGCGUGUGCCGUGGACUCUGUGACCAGCCUGUGCGCCGGGCCAACCGACGACUGCCGGCGCGCCCUGCUGGCGGUGCUGGGCACAAAGCUGCGCACCAGCUGCGCCUGCCUGGGCACCGACAUCAGCUCCAUGAACGACUGCCGCGGCUGGGAGCGGCUGCUGUUCGCCAACCCCUGCGUCGUCCAGGCGCAGCGCGAGUUCCACCAGGAGCGGCAGGAACAGCUGCGCACGCCGCCCCCUCCGCGAGUGCUGCCGCCCGUGCUGCCGCCGGUGGUGCCGCAGCCCACGCGCGUGCCGUACGUGCCGCGUCUGGCGGCCACUAGCACCACCCGCCGCUGGCUGCCGACCACGAGCACGACGAGCACGGCUCGCAGCACGCCGCGCCGGCCGACCACGGUCCGCACCACGACCACCACCGCGCGCCGCCGGGAGGAGGAGCCGCACUGCGUGUCCCGCAAACCGGGCCGGCCUGACGACUACCUCCUGGUCGGAGAAGGCAUACGGUACUACAUGACGGACAAGACAACCGGUAGAAACAACGAGGUGGAGCGAGACUGCACGGAGAUCUGCAUGUGCCACAUGCGCAAUCGCACCACCUGCAACGUGGUAUGUACAGUCAAAAAGAACUGCAAGACGGACAUGGCUACCUACCACGACGGCUCGGCGGCGCUGCGGCCGUACCGCACCGCCUGCAUCUGCUUCAGAGGCGACUUUGUGUGCACUCGGCCGUCCAGUGAGUCCUACAUGCUGUCGUUUGGCGUGUUCCUGUUUCUCGGCUACAGUCGCAAAGAGGAGGAGAUUCUCCGUCCGCACACCAGGCGGACGGUGCGGGAUAACACUGUGGCCGACCUGCAGGCAGUGCUGGACAGAAUCACACAGAGGAACCACAUCAACAACAUGGACGAACCGAAGUCGCCGUGUAAGCUGUCGGUGAAGCAGAGGUUUCCCGAGACGGAGAACAUCAUCAUCCAGGCCAAGAUCGACGACGUCGAAGAGUCUUACAACAACAGCCUGAAUAAAGAGUCGCUGGAUAGGGAGAAGAACCAAUGCGCCCAGCCGCUACGGGAGAUCAGCUUUAUGAUCAACAACCGAGAGAUGGCCAUCGUCUCACACCCGCUACUCAGCGUCUUCAAGAUGGCCGACGUGGUGGUGACCAUACCGGACGCCUCCGGCUCGCCCCACUCGGCUGCCGGCGCGGCGCAGCUGCUGGCGCUGACCGCUGUGGUGCUGUCCCUCCGGUGACCGGGGGAAGGGGCGCGGACACGACCCAGGCUGUGAUUGGAAUGAAUAGCGAGGAGGGCUGAGAGGUAGUGGUGGAGACGCGGCGGGCGAGCACGGGGUUGGCGGUAAGGACGCACAAGUGUCAAACUGUUGUGUCGCUGUUAAUCCGUCGGCUCAGGCUAAGAUGUCCUACCACUGGACGUAAACUCGCUACCAGCGAUGCUCCAAAACAGUAACAACAGUCCGCCAGUGUUCGUGAUGACCUAGCAGCUUCAGGAGCGGCACGUCCAACCUCCAGCGGCAGUGCCGAGCAGGUGGUGUGUGACUCCGGGAGUGAGCGACCCAAACAGAGCCGGUGAGGUGGACUAGGGACUCGAGUUGUGAUACUAUGGAGGUGUUUGCCAUGUCUGUGAAUGGAGAGAUGCGAUGAAUGGGGUGAAAUGUGACGCACUGCACAAAUUGGCACACAUUGAGCUGAUGGCUGUAAGGCUUAGUACACUGUGUUGGUGAAAUGUAGAGAAUAAGUUGCACAAACGCUAUUGCCAACGCUGUCUGUAUACAUGGAUGCCUACCUUAUGGCGACAACUGAAAUGUCCCUGGACGGGAAUUAUCAGGCACACCUAGCGGCGAAACUGAGAAACUAUGGUUUCGGCUUGCACCGCCAGUCGCUGUAGUCGUCGGGAGCUGCUGCAGUCUUAUUUACAUCAUAAAUCCUCUAUACGCGAUGUUGAUGUUAGGCCCAAUGGGCAGUGACAUUCAGAUUGCUUAUAAGUUUAUCCGCACUCGACUGUUUUAGAUGUUAUGAUGUGAUGUUUAUGAAGCAAUAUGGGCAUGUUGUGUUUGUAAUGUUUAUAAAUUAGCUGUUCGCACAAUAGCCCAGGUCACAAAGUGGACGGUAAAACGGUUAGCGAACGUGUUGAGUGGGUCCGAGUACGAGAGAAGUGGAUAUAUUAUCUGCUGGGGUGGUACUGCCGCACAAAGCUCAUCUGCGUGACUGGCGCUCUACACGAUAAGUCCGUAUACAUGCAUCCUGCUUAGGACGGUCUGGAUGGAACGCACCCGUUGUAUGGCAGCGUUCCAGGUCUUGUCGACGGAUUAGCGCGUCCCGUGGAGAGUGUGAAGUGAUUGCUGAAUGGCGUCAUGAAGGGUUCACACCGGUGUCCAUUGUCCAUUGUCUGUUUGGUGCAGACUUUCGGCUAAGAACAGGCGAUGUCUUCGGGGUCGGUUUCAAUCUUCAACAGUGGUCUCUAUAAAAAAAGCUGAUAAGCAAGUGUAUAGUAAUGCCCACUAUAGGUUCUUACGUAUAUCGCUGAUGUGUUAUUGUUUACAAAUGAUCUAAGAUGAUGGCAUGUGUUUGUCAUGUCCCCUUACAAUUAUACACAUUGUAUAUCAUUGUUAUCGAAGAAUCUAUCGUAACGUUUUAUGUAAUUCGGCGCUAUUACUUGCCUCUGUGUAAGACGUGUAAUCGCGGCGUCCAUUGAUCGACUUCAUAUACUUUUCAUUAUACGGUAUAAUAUUCAAUCAGCUCACACUGAGGACAUACAUGCCAUCGGUGCUUGAAAUUGUGCCCAGCUCCAAUAUAUGGUCCAACAUCAA